AUGAGCCAGUAUAGUCACAACCAAUCUGCGGGACUAGGAGCUAACCUAGCUCAACCGAUGUCGACGUCGACCGGUCCAGCUCAGCCACCGCCGAUUGGUUACCCGACGAGAGAACCGACUCAUGGUUCGGUGGCUCCGGUUAAAGUUGAGACCAAGUCGAAGGGUGAUGGAUUCUUAAAAGGCUGUCUUGCGGCCAUGUGUUGCUGUUGUGCUUUGGACAUCUGCUUCUAA